CGCAGCAAAGCAUACAUUGGCAAACGGUUUGUUUAUGUGUACAAAUGCGCGAGCGAUCUUCUUAGUUCAUAUUGCGUUUAAUGUAAAGCUAAAUUGAUUACAACCCCAUUAUAAAAGACGACACUGUAUCGAUUGUUUGAUACACAAGCAAGUGCAGCCAUUUUUAAGCUUUUGAUUGUAUUGUGUGAAUAAUACGCGCUAGAGAAAACUUAAUCCAAGAUGUCAGCACAGAACUUCUACGUCGAGGAUUCUGCGGAAGAAGAUUCGCUCGUGGAGAACCAAUCGUUCAGAAAGUACCGGGACGCUGAAUCGAUUGUGAUCGAUGAAACCGAUUCGUCAGGAACAAUUGAGUCGUCUGUUAACAGUGUAAACAAUUCGUCUGCUGCUAGUGAAGAGGAAAAUAUGGUGCUGCAGAUGAAGAAACGUCAGAGUAAACGGAUGUCCUUGCAUCCGAGACAUGCGGAAGACAACCCCAGUGAUGAGAGCGAGCAGGAAGAUCAAGAUCAAACAAACGAUGGGACGUUCCGUGACGAUGAGCCGAGCAGCGAUGAAGAGGAGGGUGAGGAUGAGGUGGAACGUCGUGCGUUUUCACCGAUGACUCGUAUGAGUAUUCAUGGUAUUGCGGCUGCCGGCACUAGCGACGACGAAGAUCCUAGCGGUGAUGAGCGUACAGGUGGUGCUAGCGAUAGUGAGGACGAAAUUAUAACUACUGCUCGCAAAAGCCGGAAGAAGAUAAUCGUCUCGGAUGACGAAGAUGACAAUGGUGGUAGGAAUCGAAAUAAUUCCUUCGAUACUUCGCUGCCAAUGCACAGUUACGAUGCGGAAGGUGCUCCACCAAACGUUGGAAAAGGCAACAACUUAUCAGCAUCAUUGCAACUAGACGAUGAUGAACAUAACACAAUCAGUACAAAACUCUCCUCGACGCUAAAAUCCGAAGAAGGUUCCCAUGCACAUAGAGAUGAGCGUAAUCAAACGCGUGGCGAAUUGUCCUACACCGGUGGUCGGCACUCGAUCAGUAUGCGUGCGUCGAUUGGAGAAAAGCUUUCUUCCACUCACAUUGCAGCGGAGGAUGAUGUAAAAACGAAGCGCUCUGAAUCGGAACAGAGCGGAAACAAUGACUCAAGCAGCGUGAGAUUGAUAGAAAAAUCGCAAGAAAUUCUUUCCCUUAGCAGCGAGGAUGAGGAUGAAGUAAAGUUCCAGGGUGUGUCACAGCCUAAUGUACGACCCGAUGUUAAACCUGUCCCGCAGAACCUUGUACAACCGACCAUAACGGCGUUUGUGCGUGAUCAACCGAAGCAGCGAGUAUCGCAAAGCGAGUACGAUGCUAAAGUGCGCCGUAUGGCCGAUCUCAAGAGUCAGCUUGUACUGAUCGAGGGCGUAAUGAAGAACAGUGUCAAGCUGCCGGACAAGGGGGCCGGGUUGGUGCGCCGUUUGGCAGAGAUUAAGUCUCAAAUAUUCGAAAUAUCCAAGGACAUCGAAAUGACGCGGGCCACACCGAGCAAGGGAAUCAAGAAAACGAUUCAGCAAACCUUCGACCAGUCCCGGCGAAGCGCAGAAAGCUCGCGUGAUGCUAGCGCGAACAGUAGUGCUGGUCAGCGUGGCGAAUAUAUAUCGUGGGACGCGAUCAAGAAAACAGCAGACGAUCUUCAACCGCGACACACGGGAAAGCAGGGUAUGGCAACGUUCGAAAACCAAAAGCUGCUUACGAUGGACCGUUUGGCGACGUUGCACAAGUCGAUUGAAACGUGUCCUACGGAGGAUACGCUAGCCGAUCCGCCCAAGCUGCUCAAGAUCGAACUGAUGGCCCAUCAGCGGCACGCGCUAGCCUGGAUGCUGUGGCGCGAGACACAGAAACCGCGCGGAGGCAUUCUUGCCGACGAUAUGGGUCUCGGAAAGACGCUGAGCAUGAUCUCGCUGGUGUUGAAAUCGGCCGAACUCGAUCCGGACGGGGAGCUGCUGGAGCGUGCAAGCGAAAGUGAGAACGAGGACGAUGAAAACCUGAACCCGAACGGUGGUUGGAAGGGUAAGGGCCGUAAGGAUUACUAUGCGGGCGGUACACUAAUCGUGUGUCCAGCGUCGCUUAUGCGCCAAUGGGAAGGCGAGAUAACGAAUCGGGUAAAGCACAACAGUUUGUCCGUAUGUGUGCACCACGGAACGCAGCGGGAAACGAAACCGCGUCAUCUGGCAAAGUACGACAUCGUCAUCACGACGUAUAAUAUCGUAUCGCGGGAGAGCAAGGUUACGGGACGGGGUGGCGAUGGAGUGUAUGGCGUAAACUGGGAGCGCAUCAUACUGGACGAAGCGCAUGUCAUUCGCAACCACAAGAGCAACAUGUCCGAAUCGUGCUGCGGGCUGAAGGGCCGAUACAGAUGGUUGCUUACCGGCACACCGAUCCAGAACAAGGAGAUGGACGUGUACGCGCUGAUGAAGUUUCUGCGCUGUACACCGUUCAACGAUCUGGUGCAUUGGAAGCGAUGGAUCGACAACAAAACGGCUGGCGGUGCGAUGCGUUUGAAUACCAUUAUGAAGUCGAUCAUGUUGCGGCGCACGAAAAAAGAAUUGCAGGAACGCGGCGCCCUCGCGAAUCUGCCGAGUAAAACGAUCGAAGUGAUCGAGGUGCAGCUAGAGAAGGACGAGAUGAACGUCUAUCAGAAGGUGCUUAUGUACUCGAAGCAUCUGUUUGCGCAGUUUUUACACCAACGGGCAGAAAAAGAGCAUGCCAUUAACUACGGGUUCGGUGGCAGUCGGCCGACGUUUAGUCAGCGCGGUGGUCAGAAUUACGCAUUCGAUAAGGUACACCAAAAGCUGAAAAGCAUGCACAACGAGGACGGAAAGGAGGUGAAGCAGCAUCAGAUUUUGGUGCUGUUGCUUCGCCUGCGGCAAAUAUGUUGCCAUCCGGGAUUGAUCUACCAGAUGCUGUCCGAUGACGAUCAGGGCAACCUUGGGCUAGCCGACGGUGAUGAGACAAACAUUGAGACUGAGGUCGAUCUGUUGGGACAGCUGAACAAGCUGAAACUGAACGACGUGAUUGCAGAACACGAAACAAAUCUGGCGAACGGUGGUGAUGGUAAAGGUGAAAUUUCGUUAAAUCUGUCCGAUAAGUUCGACCGGCCGGAAGAAAUGGCAAAGGCGGCCUCGAAGGUGUUGCUUAAAUCCAACCCGAUCUUCCGUAUCGAUCGCGCCAGUUCGAAGAUUGAACGAACGAUGCAAUUGCUGGAGGAGAAAAUAUUUUCCACCGACGAUAAGGCGAUCGUCGUUUCGCAGUGGACUAGCAUGCUGGAAAUUUUGGGCUCCCAUCUAUCGGCACGGAACGUGCCACAUGUGUCGCUGACGGGCAAGGUUCCGGUCAAGCUGCGGAACGAUAUUGUGGUGGCGUUUAACAAACCAUCCGGAAAGUCUAAGAUUAUGCUUCUCUCAUUGACGGCCGGAGGCGUUGGUUUGAAUCUCGUCGGUGCGAAUCAUCUCUUUCUGCUCGACCCACACUGGAAUCCACAGCUCGAGGCACAAGCGCAGGAUCGCAUUUAUCGCGUUGGUCAAACGAAACACGUUUUCAUCUGGAAAUUUAUGUGCGGUGAGACGGUAGAGCAAAAAAUCCAUGCCCUUCAGCAGCACAAGCUUAGCAUCGCGGACGGCGUACUGACCGGAACGGUGAACAAGGGCAGCAAGCUAACGAUGGACGAUUUGAAAUCGCUUUUCGGACUGUAAAUGUUACCCUUUAGCAUGGACACAGCCCCUGAUCUGUGAUAUUUCAAGUCGCUUGUAGCUUGUAGCUAUUGGGCACACGGUUCACACAUGAUCGCAUCUUGCAUGGAAAUGGGGUUCACAAAGGUUUGUUUGAUUGAUUGAAUUUAACAAUAGAAAUGGAAACAAAAUUUUAUAACAUAAUUCUUUUUUUUAUCAAUAAAACAAAACACGCCUAAGGUGAACAGAAUGUAAGCAACACAU